UGUAGAACUGAUCAUCAAUUGGGAGGUCUUAAAACCAUAAACCCUUGAGCAGGUCCGUCCGUAGCCAUAGCUCUGCUUUUCAUCUAUACACAUCCAAAGUCACUCAAGUCAAGUCCGAGGUGGGAUCGUUGGAAGCAAAAAUGCAAGCAAGCAGCUUGUAUCUGUCCCAGAAGUCCCUCCGGAUCAAGCAGCAUGGCAAUUUCUUCACCAGAGGUUCAAGCAGAGAGAUCUCCAUGAUUAACCUCUCCUUCGAAGAUUAUCAUGGAGGAGCAUCUGUCGCAGUUCCUUUCAGCUGGGAGUCUGAACCUGGCACUCCUAAAGUUAAGUCCAGUGAAAUCCCCAGUCUCCCUCCUCUAACACCCCCUCCUUCCUACUUUUAUUCCACCCCAAAACGACCCGUCAAAAAAAACCAAUCAAAGCCUAACCUCCUCGAUACCAUCUUCCCUAAGCGUUCCAGGAGGAAAACUCGUGUGCGACUCUCUCCUGCUUCUUCUUCAACAUCAUCAGCUUCGUCAUCGUGUUCAUCAUCACCGUGGCCAAGACCAUAUUCUGUGCCAUCAUCUCCAAUGACGGCAUCGAAUUUGUACUCACGAAAUGAGUUAUCAAGAGCGAGACUAUUCUGUGAUUCAAGGGCUGAUGACGAGGAAGAACAUGAAUACCAAUCCUCUGUUUCAACUCCAUGCUUUGGUCGUGGAGCAAGUACCAGGUCUCGAGGCAUUUUUUCAUCUAUGCUCAAGGUAUCGCUUAGAGAUCAAUAAGCCAUGGUGGUGCGUCCUAUCUUUUUCCUGUGGAGCUUUUGGUUCUCGUGUAUGGUGUAACUCGCAAUGCUACAGAAAAUUAAUUGUAUGAUCAAGUCGUUUUUGUUAUUUCCCAAAAGAAGCUACUGAAUUAGUGGUUGGAAAGUUUGUAAUGCUAAGCUUUACAAUUGUGUUCUACAUCUUUUUCUCCUUCUGCAUGGAAUUAGGUUAGCACACUGGUUUGUCGGUUUUACUUUGAUAAAAUAUAAUGCAAACAAUCCAUUGAC